AUGACCGAUGUUAACAUGAAUGCUAAUGGUUCUUUUGAAGUUCCGGUGAACCUCUGUCAAGAAGCAACUAUGGUUUCUCAAUUCAGCCUCCUUGUCCGCCCCGCGAAUUCCCGGAGGCAAAAUCUCCGUGCAAUGAUCCGUUUCUUUCCUCGGCUUUGGGGAAUGGAUAAUUCUGUCAUUGGCAGAGUCGUGGAACAUGGGCGGUCGCAAUUUAUGUUCCCAUCUUAUGAAGCUCUCCAACUAGUAUACCGUCGGGGACGCUGGAGUUUCAAUGAGUGGAUGGUGGCUAUGGAAUCAUGGCAACCCAAUUUACCAGAUGCUAACCCCCUAUUUAUUAAUUUCUGGAUCCAGAUUCGUGGCAUACCCUUGCAGUUCUUUACCCCUCCAAUGGCCCGCUACAUUGCAGAAACUCUAGGGCUGAUUGUUGAUUCAGAGAUUGAUGAUAUCGCUGGUGGUAAUGUGGAGUUUGCUCGAGUCUAUAUUCAGUGGCCACUGGACCAACCUGUGCUCUUUCAACGAAGGUUCCGAUUUGGGAAUGAUUGGGCUACGAUUUCCUUUCCGGAUAUCCACAAUCCUCCUCCAGCGCCAAAUGCCAUGGUUCAGGCUGCAGAUAUCCCGUUUCUAAACUUACCAAACCUCCUUGCAAUGCCUGCUCCACCAGCAAAUAUCCAUCUAGAACAUCAGGAGCAUCUCCCUCUACCACCACCACAACAUCAACAGGUGACUAUGUCGGAACUUGUCCCUAUCAAUGGUCAUUUGAUUACCAUUGGCGAUCUACGUAGCCUGUACCAUAACUAUACCGCAACACCUGAUCCGGCGGAAGCCGAGGCAAGACGUAGGGGGCUAAUCCUAGCACUAGAACAUACUAGCAACAGAAUUCUCGAAGCGGUUAUACGUCCUGUUCCUCUACUAAAAUCCACUCAGAGAAAACGACGAAGAGUUUAUUCACUGAUGGAUGCAAGUCUCAGUGGUGGACUAGCUUCGUUUUGGAAGUCUUUAGUAGAUGUUUCUAUCUUGUACCAAGAUGCAAGACUUGUAGAUUGCUAUAUUAAUGACAAAAUUUCUUCUUUCUACUUGUCUUGUAUUUAUGGUCAUCCUUAUCCACAAUAUCGACCAGAGUUAUGGGAACGUUUACAACGCUAUGCUGUCAAUCGUGAUGAAGCCUGGAUAAUGAUUGGUGACUUCAAUCAGAUUAUGAGUAAUAGUGAGAAACUUGGUGGCCAUGAUAGAGAUGAAAAUACUUUUCGAGAUUUCAGAGACAUGUUAACUAUCUGUGACAUGAUUGAUUUGAAGCAUACAUGCAAUAAGUUCAGUUGGAGUGGUCAGCGCAGUAUUGUACGGGAUGGAGUCCGUACAAAGGAGUUAAUUCAGUGUUGCCUAGACAGAGCUUUAACAAAUACAGAGUGGUUUGCAACUUUUUCUGCAUCAAUGUCUACGUUUAUAGAACCCAUUGAGUCAGAUCACCGCCCAGUUAUCAUUGAUCUUCAGUCAGAUACAAGAGUUAAAAAGGGUCUUUUCCGUUAUGAUCAUCGGUUAGUGGAAAGAGCAGGUUUUCUUCAGGCCAUGAAAGAGGAUUGGAACAGGCUAUCUUCGCUAAGAAGUUUCUCUGACAAGCUUAAGUUUCUGCGGACGAAUAUCUCCAAAUGGAAACAAUCCAAUGUUACUAAUUCUGCAGAAGAGAUACAGAUGCUCUAA